UGUCGAAAAAGGACGUUCCAAUAAUCAACAAAAAAGAAAGAGUCCAUUAACACCACAAAAGCCAAAGUAUGUUAAAGUGUACAUUAAUGAUAUUUUAGCUAUUAAAAUUGAGAAAGGUGAAGAAUACGUUUUAUUAGCUUAUUCUGAUUCGAACUUGGUUCCAGAUUGGCAACCAAUGCGUAAUCUUAGAAAUGCUAAUGCUCUCGUCGAAAAGUUCAAAAAUCGUCAAUCUUUGAAUAAGAUAAUAAUCAACGUGAAUGGUGGCGAUUAUACCGAAUGUACUCACACCAUUAUACAAUCGGAUAAAUUUUCCAAUGAUUCGAGUUCAAAGACAAGUGUAGAUGAUGACGACAUUGAAAUGAAAUAG